UCCAAAACUUCUUCUGCGACAACUCAAACUACAAUGAAAACUUCAUCCACAACACCAACAACAACGGCAGCUUGGACAUCUACAGCAAAAAUUUCAUCUACAACAACUCAAGCUACAAUAAAAACUUCAUCCACAUCAACUCAAACUACAAUAAAAGCAUCAUCCACCAUAGCUCCAACAACGACAGCAGCGCUAUAUGAAAAGAAAACCACGUCUACAACAAAUCGGACUAUUACAACCCCUUCAUCUGCACCUCCAUCUACGGUGAUGUCAACAACAACUCGAUCUUCCACAACAAUUCCUACAACGAUAGCAACUACAUCGGUAGCGCCAUCUACGGUAAUGUCAACAACACCGAAUCAAUCUUCCACAACAACAAGAAAGGUACCUUCCACAACUACAACAAAAGCAGCUCCCACAACAACUCCAACCACAACGUCACGUAUGUCUGCUGGAAAAACUUCAUCUGUAGCGCCAUCUAGGGUGAUGACAGCAACACUAAAUCAAUCUUCCACAAUAACUACAACUACAACAAAAGCGCCUCCAACAGGAAAUCCGACCACGACAUCAACCACAAAAACUUCAUCUGCAACAACAACAUCUAUAAAAACUACAUCUAUAGCUACUCCAUCAACAACAAUAUCAACAACUGCAAUAAAACCUUCACCUACAGCAACAACGCCUGCAAAGACAACCAUUUCUACAACAAAUCGGACUGUUACAACCACUUCAUCUUCAGCUCCAUCUAUGGUGAUGUCAACAACAUCAAAUCAAUCUUCCACAACAAUUUCUACAACGAAAGCAACUACAUCUGUAGCACCACCUAAUGUGAUGUCAACAACACCAAAUCAAUCUUCCCCAACAAUUCCUACAACGAUAGCAACUAUAUCUGUAGCGCCAGCUAAUGUGAUGACAACAAACCCAAAUCAAUCUUCGGCAAAAACUCCAAUUACAACAAAAGCAUCACCCACAACAACUCCAUCUAUAACAACUACAUCAACAGAAACAGUUACAAUUGUAACAAAAACAUCACCGACAGCAACUUCAACCACGACGGCAACUCCAUCAACCCCAACACAAGCUACAAGAAAGACUUCAUCUACAACAGCGCAAACAGCCACAGCAACUUUAUCGACAACAAUGCAAAUUCAGGUAACAACCUCACCGGUAGCUCCAUCUACUCGGAUAACGACAACACCAAACCCAUCCACGAAAAAAACUUCAUCUACGACAAGAACUCUUUCAACAACUACAACUAUAACAAAAACAGCAUCAACAACAACUCCACUUUCGACGACAACUUCAUCAACAGCAACCCAAGCUACACGCGCAAUUCCAUCUCGAACUAUAAGUCAUUCUACAAUUUUUUUCAUCAAAACCACUCCGUCCUCAACAACUAUUAAAUAUACCACACAGCUUCCCUUUCAAGUGUCUUCUUCAACGUCUGGGCACGGUACAAGUGACUCCAUCAACAGUAUGGGCUCUUCAACACAACGCGAAAGCCAUUCUGACUAUUAUCAAGACUUUCAAUCAACUCUAAAGGACAGCCAACAGCAUAAGGUUAAUCCUUCAAAAGCAACAGAAACUACGAGCGAAUCUGCACAUUUUAACGGAUCGACAGCCCCCUCGUUUGGAAAUGAAGACAAUUCCGACUAUUACGAACUAUUGGAUGGAAGUACGGUGAAUGGCUCCCAAUAUGAAGGAACAACUUUGUCUACUUCUUCUUCUUCAACAGCCUCUGGAACAACAAUCACUUUUUCAUCUUCAGUUAAGCCAAUCACAGAUGACGAAAGCUUGGCAAGUUCUUCGUCCGAAAAACCAAUUGUUUCCACAAUGCCUGAUAGGAGCUCCACUAUACACCCAACUGGAGAAUCGUCCGUUGAUGGAUCAAAUGGACAAACAACUGAAGGUUCGUUUGAACGAACAGCCAAUACCAGCAUUGGAAAUUCUACCAGAACGACUUCAAAGGAAUCUACUACCACCAUCAAAUCUGAACCAGGCACCAACUCAGAUUAUUAUGAAGAAUGGGAAACUAAUGGGACAACGGCAAAUCCAGUAUCAUUUACAACGCCGGAAUGGAACACUGAAGAACUACAAACAUCUUCGGACAGAGACUUCGGACAGAGUGACGUAUCAAAACCUCCCUCAACACCAACAUCAAGCCAUCGGGAAGGAAGCAAUUUCAACGAUUCAGAAAAAGACGCACCCUUCGGAGAUGCUAACACCACUGUAACAAUGGACACGACUGACAGUAUCAUGGAAUCUUUAACCACUACUCCCAAUAUGUCUCCAAGUGAUUCCAUUGAUUUUGAGUUUUUCACGUCAGAACCCACAUCCAAAGAUCCUGUACCAACUUCAACAGAUCUCGACAACCACUCAACUGAAGGGGAAGCCUCAACAAUAAAUACUUCAACAACAAGUCUCGACGAAAAUGUAAAUGCAACUUCAGGAAACGCAAUCACAACAACGGUGAACAUGGGCUCUUCAAGCACUGGAUCCACAUUGAAUCCAGAUUCUCAAGAGCUUUUUGAUCCCACCAACGACAACACUACCGAACCAAGGGUGACACACAUUACUGUGAAUACAGGGGAAACCUCAACACUCCAACCUGACAGGGUAGCCAUUUGGGUUAGUACAACAACAACCUCAGUUUCGUCAAAACCUUCAGUAAUCAAUGAAUCUUUCACGACGACACCUCCAGUUGGAGAAGAGAGCAAAAGCUCAAAGAAUUUAGAAUCGGAGGCAACACCAAAUCCAGAUUCUAGCAUAUCUAUCAAUUUAACCAAGCCGAGCAUUGACGAUGAUUCAGACUAUUAUGAAGAAUCAGGAACGAAUCAAAUUGACUCAGAACUGUCAACCACCAGUGCAAGUUCUGAAGAAAGUGUCAUUUCUGUUACCACUAGUAGUAUUUUCAACUCUUCAGAGACCGCCUCAAAGCCUCAAGAAGACUCAGAGCAAUCAUCAAUUGGUACUACAAGAUCGCUAACCAUGGCAAGUACGGAAUCUGAUGACUUAUUUGAGGAUAGCUCAUAUUAUAAUGAGGAAUCUGAAGCCAAAACAACUACCUUGGACUUCAACAGCACCCUUUCGCUUGAAAUAACUAAGACUACCCAAUCUGAAAGAGAUACCGAUUCCAGUAGGUUCAAAAAUGAUUCUACCUUAGCUCAAACUUCCACGACUGUUCCUAGCAACACCCGACUAUCCUCUCAAGAAUCUAAUAAACAAACAGCAGAGUCUACAACCAUAUCAAUUCCAAAUUUUAGUGACGAAGAGUCUGAUCUAAAUGUAACCAAGUCCAUAGAUUUUUCAGCCCCUGAAAUCAUUGACGACUCAAACACCUUCAAUAGUGAGGCAUCAAAGUCAGACACCUUCACCACCAUUGCAGAUAGUGGCACAACUGAAUUUGUCACAACUCCAUCCACCGAAUCUCAUGAGCUUACAAACUCAACCAACUCCAUAGAUGAAGAUGGUUCUGAUUAUUAUCAAGAGGUGGAGGCCAACAAUACAGAUGUAACAAUCACAGAAAGAAUUACCCCAACCCCAACAAAACCACUUCAAACGAGUGAAACGUCAUCUUCACACCCUCAAACCAACUUCAGUACUGGAAAGUAUGAAAACAACACAACUGAUAGUCCCGAUUACUAUGAACCAUCAAUUGUAAAUGGUACAAUAAUGCAAACAGGAACAACAAGAUCCUCGUUGGAGGCGAACAUCGAUUCAAAUACCUUUGAAAGCCCCGGUACUCUCCAUAUCCAAUCUUCAACUACUGUAACGGUAAAUCAAGACGAUAACGGGCCUUCUUGGCCUCAAAAUAACAACACCAAGGAGUUUUCAGACACCACCGUACAUCCAGAUUUACCAGAAUUGUCAAAUUCAAAUACAUCUAGCCAAGAAGAGAAUUCAGAUUACCAUGAAGACUUGGACUCGAACAGCAGUGACCCAACGACCACUUCAACCAUUAGGGCUGGUGCCAAUGCCAGCACCACUAUUCGUACUACUUCCUCAAUCAAAGAACCUUUCACGUUGUCCUCAGAUGGAUCCCUUGCCAGCCAAGUGCUUCAAGAGAACAGCUUUACCCAGACAACCUUCAGUCCGAAAUCAGAUGAAUUCACACGAUCAACUUUCGAUAGCGAGGUUGUAGUCAGCACUACUUCAAUCAACUCUGCUGAAACGGAAAAUCCAACUCUCGUAUCUAACUCACACGACGCAACAACAAGUCAAACCGAAGCUAGUUCUACUGCUUCCAUCAGUUCAGAGUCUAAUUCCACAUCGAUACCACGUAAUGACACAUUAAUAAAUUUCCCCACAUCCACGGUAAACUUAUCUACUGAAGCCCCAACGACAGUUGAAAACGGGUUGACCGGAAACCCCCAGUCCAAUAACGAUUCUGCUCAAAACUCAACUCAAGACUACGCCGAUUACACGGAGGAGAUCGGGGAUGUUUAUGAUUUUCGGAACUUCACGGAACCUCUCACGACCCCUAUCAAAUCCAUCCCAGGUUCCAGCUCCGUUCCGACACCCUUGGCUACCACAGUGGAUUAUGUGGACGAUUCUCCUGAUACCAUCGGUAUUACCGACUCCAACCUGACCACGUCAGCGCCUUCCGGAGUGUCCAUUAAAUCCGAUGACCCUGGCUUGGCCAGCAACGUCACAGAGGAGUAUUAUGAAUACUACGAGAUAUUCGAUAACACCACCAAUCAGAUUAAUAACGAAUCUGCCACAGAGCAAAGCUCUCAGGUUCUUUCAACUACUGGCCGACAAACUAGAAGUUCGGAAGCUCACGAUGAGGAGUCUAACCAGGCAUCCAGGGUGACUGUUACCGUUCAAAAUGGAUUUUCGAUCACGCUUCUUCCAACUGUGGCCGAAAAUUCCAGCCCAGUCUUCGUACCUGUUGUAGACUCAAGAAGUUUGGAUGAGGACAAAACAGUGAAACCACAAACCAACGAUUUCCCAGAUGUGAGGGGAGACUUUGGAGACAUGACCUCAACCGAGGUCAAUGACUACCUGGAUGCCUUCAACACAACCACUUCAUUCGAAGAGCUCCUCUCCACGAUCUUCUCGCUUCAUCAUUCCACGGAUCCAGUUGAACGGGAGAAACGCAACUCUGAGAAGCCAAGUCCCCGAAGCGAUAUGGACGAAUCGGAAGACACCCUGGAUCAACACAUGGAUACCACCCAAAACCCAGCCAGCACUAUACUGGACGAUUGGUUCGUGGAUCAGUUCGAUACCCUGCUUCUUCCCACUUCAACUACUCCAUUCCCGGAAACUGCGGUCCAGAUAAAAGUGGCGGAAGAACCGGAUUUGGAUGAGAUUCGCCGUUUGAACACGAAUGACCUAUCUGAACUUGGCAUUCAUAACUCGGCCCAAAUGGAUAGGCUGAGCCGAUUGGCUCCCCAAUUCAAGAAGUCUGAUUCGGACAAACACCGUGGUGUAUUCGUUACUUUCACCGAUAGAUUCAAUGGGACCAAAUCCGGCUCAACGUCGUAAAU